CUUUCACUUCAGUUUAUAUUUUGCAAGCCACAAGGUGUCUCAAAAAUAAUAAAAGUACGUCGUCCGGUUUAUCGAGCUUAUUUUGUUUCUACGAAAAUGCCGCCACGACGUAGCGAGCGGAUUCGGGCUCGCCGGAACACAGUUGCGGCAGCAGGAAACACGCCUCCCACCCAUUCGAACCGGAGGAGCAGAGCGCGGCGAAACUCCACUCCAUAUGGUGGUACUCCUCCAGCUGGUGGAUCUCGGAGGCGGUCAUCUCGGCGGGGAGCUGGGCGUGGAAGACGGAGGAAUUCCCUACCAGCUGGAGCCGUAGUUCCUGCUCCUGAGCCAACUGCACAAAGAGGAGCAACUGGAUCCAUUCGCAUCACACACAGCAACUUAAGACUUUGGCAAGAAGGUCAUCCUGCGGGUGCAGAGCGAACCAGCGAAUCCGAACAAAUAUGCAUCCGCAGACUGCGAAAGGACCUGUCCGAGAUCGCCAUGAACCCGAUGGAAGGGUACGAGGUGGAGGUCGUGGACGACAACCUGCUCCACUGGAUGGCCACCAUCCCCGGCCCAGCGGACUCCCCUUACGCGGGCGGUAGAUUUAAGCUGGAUCUGCUCUUCACCACACAGUUCCCCUUCAGCCCACCGUACAUCAAGUUUUCGACCAGGAUCUUCCACUGCAACAUCGCGACCAACGGCUACGUCUGCCUGAACAUUCUCCGGAGCGAGUGGUCGCCGGCCCUGUCGGUGUCCAAGCUGCUCCUCUCGAUAGUGUGUCUGCUGGGGGAUCCGAACCCGAAGGAUCCCCUGGAGGCCGAGGUGGCCCUUCUCUACAUCUCGAAUCGCGCCCAGCACGAUCGGGUGGCCCGCGCUUGGACCGACCAGUAUGCCAAGCCGUGAGGAGUGCGUUAAAUUGAAGUUGUUCUUUUUCAAGUAAAUUUAUUGGAUGUUUUGUGCCAGCA